AUGGACGUCGAAAGAGACAUCAAGCCGGUGCCUGACACCACAUCGUCGUCACCCACUACCGACGUCAAGCAUGACGUCCCGCUUGAGAUCUAUAUCGACCCCAUCAAAGAGCGCAAAAUCAUGAACAAGUUCGAUAUGCUGGUGAUGCCUCAAUUCGUCAUCAUUAUUCUCCUGGGAUACCUCGAUCGCUCCAACAUUGGCAACGCCCGGAUCUUUGGCUUCGAAGAGGAUAUCGGGCUUACCGGCAACCAAUUUGCGAACCUUUCAUCACUGUUCUACGUCACAUAUGUGAUCUUCGAGGUGCCUUGGGUACUGGCUGUCAAGAAAUGGGGUGCCAAUAGUGUGAUGGCAGUGGCGAUCGUCACCUGGAGUGCGGUCACUAUUGGUGCUGGAUUUGUGCACAACUAUGGACAAAUCGUCGCAUGUAGGCUUCUCUUGGGCAUGUUCGAAGCCGGCAUCUUUCCGGCGCUUGCAUUCGUCAUCAGCACAGUGUACCCUCGUGAAAGUCAGGCAAAGCGGAUUGCCGUUCUCUAUGGCUCCAUCGCACUUUCAGGAGCGGCCUGGCGUUGGCUCUUCAUUAUUGAAGGCAUCAUCUCGAUUGUGCUUGGAGUCGCCUGUUGGGCAACGCUGCCACAUACGGCAGAACAAGCUUGGUUCCUGACGCAGGAUGAGCGCCAGUUGAUGCUCGAUCGCCGACGGCGUGAUGCUGCGUAUAAGGGCGACGACAAGCUAUCAUGGUCUGAUGUCAAGCUAGCAUUCACAGAUCCCAUGGUCGUGAUCGCUGGGCUGGCCCUGUUCUGCGCGGGAAUUCCCUUGUUCGGCUUCGGAAUCUUUCUGCCGACCAUCAUUCGUGGUAUGGGCUUUGCGACUCUGCAGGUCAACCUAUUGACGAUCCCGUGCUAUGUUUUUGGUCUCAUUUAUCUGGCCUUCAUCACCUGGCUAUCCGACAAGCUCCGCAAGCGCGCCAUGAUGGCUGUCAUCGCACCCUGGAUCGUCAUAGUUGGCUACGCGAUCGCGAUUGGGACAGGCAACAGAGGUGCUGGCUAUUUCGCCAUGUUCUUGUGCACUGGAAUCUACUCGUUUAACACAGUGCUUAUGGCAUGGGUAUCAAACAACAUACGACCAGAUUCGAAGCGCAGUGCCGCUCUACCGUGGUUCAUCUGCAUUGCUAAUGUAUCUGGGGUGGCUGCUGCGCAGGUGUAUCCAAAUUUCACUGCUCCCAGGUACAUCAUGGGCAAUGCGAUUAGUCUAGGUAUGGAAUUCACGGCUGUCCUCGGUAUUGGCGUCAUCUACUGGAUGCUGAAGAGGCGCAAUGCGGUCAAAGCCAAGCAGCGUGCUGAGGCAUAA